UGAUUAUGUGGCGAUAAAUCAAUCGAAUCCAGUUUACCGGAAGAUAUUGCUACAGCUCAACCGACAACUGGUAUACAGGUAAAGCUUCGUUUGUUUCAUUACACUUACGUUGAGGUGUAUAGCAAAUACUACCCUACAACGCAAUGUAAAACGAAAAUAUGAUACACAAUGUUUGAAUACCGGAACAAACAACCCAACAAAAAUUAAGGAAGAAAUAGCUCACGGAAAUCAAAUGCAGGUGCAUCGUAAACAUAAAUGGUGUAUAUGUUUUGUACCGCACGGUGGCUAUGUUAAAUUGUGCAUUUAUGCAACCAGUUUUAGAAUAAGUUUACACCUAAUAUCUCCAAAGACAAGCUCGAUUAAAACAUAGAGGAAUAAAACCAAAGCAUAUAUAAAAAGGUUUUGUUCGAGUGCAGUAUUUUGCAUUCUACUAGAAAUUUGUUUAUCAUGCAUUUCUAAUCGCUGAAAAUAUGUGUCUUAAAUGAACAUGAAAAAAAUAUGCAGCUGACAACAGCUAACAUUGCUUAGUUUAAAAUUGGUCAGUUUACUAUACACUAGUAAAUUAUUUAUGUAAUGUAAAAUAGGUAUUCAACAUGAUAUGACAAACAAACACAUUUUUAAGAAUGAUAUAACACAAAGAAAAGUUUGAUGUAAAACUUUGAAAUAUUUAAAUUCUUAUCUUGUUUGAACAACUAUGAUGAGAAUGUCUUAUGUAGACAUACAAAUGCAACUAACAUUUAUGAUCAUGUUAAUAUUCAGCGUCAUUUUUCUUCUUGAAGAAUGGUUUAGUUGUCCACUGUUCUGGAUAGAGAUAUGCUCUGUCGGCUACUGUUAUAACAUAUCUUUACUCAUGGUCCGUUGCAUCUUUGAGAGUGUAUUUGUAAACGAAAAGUAGCCGGUGCGUUUCAAAACCUAAAACUCACACUGACCAGACGCAUUUUCCUUUUUCUUCUUUUUUGUUUCAACGAUAACGAAAGCCACAGAGUGAGAGGUAAAUUUUCCAUCCAACACCCGUGAUGAUACUUUAUAUACAAUUUUUCGCGCUUCUCUGUAACCCUCACACAUACAUGGUAGCGGAAAAGCUGAGAGCAUAUUCUUCGUGCGUGACACGACAAAAACCAUCAGCAACCACAUGACGGUGCAGAGGACCGGUUAGAUGCUACGGAUUUGGUGUGGAAUUUUGCGCACGCAUACAACCAUACACCCUUACCACCACCACCAGCGUACGGGGAAGGCGCGUUUAUCGUUUGCAACAGCUGGAGCAGCCUCAAACCACAGUACCACUCCAAAUUGCAUAAUCCACGUGUUGGCUCGUGCAGACUCGAUCAGUACACGUUCGUCGAUCGACGCGAUCGGUUCGCUUCUUCUGGAGGUUGUGCGCGCGUAUUUUUGUUUCACCAAGUUGGUUCAAUUUACGUACCUUGGCGCACGUACGUGACUGUUGGGAAUUUAAUUUCGGAAUUGGUGCUCGAUGUGCACCCCUGUUUGUGCCAGUAGAUCACCUCGGAUCGGUCAAUAAUUACUCUGUGCGCUCCCGUGUGGCAGUGUGUCGGAGAGAGUGCCGGCGAAAAUUUGGAAGUCACAGAAACGAAGCCAUCAGUAGCAUAAGUCGCAAAAAUAAGGAGCCCCAUUUCUAUCGUUAGCGAAAUGCGAAUGAAAAAUUGGUGAAAGUGUCGGCGCAGUGUGUGGUGUGUGUGUUUCGUAUUUCGAGCGAUCGGAGGGCUGUCAGUGUGAAGUGUUGUGAUUAAUGCUGAUGGUGGUGCGGCACAAAUAACGCGGCGCUUCCGCAGAAAGUUAAUAUCUCACGCAAGAGCUCUGGUGAUGGAUGACGCGGACGAUUAUUUACAGGUUCAGUUUUGAAAUAAAAUAAACAACUCAAUAAUCGAGUAGAACUGCGAGUUGCAAGAACAGACGAAUUGCUUGCAAGAGAGUCCGGACAGACCGGACUUCUACGCGUGAGACACGAUGGUGGUCUCCUUUGGAACACUCAUUCCGCUGUUGGCAGGAGCGGCACUGAAAGCCACACCUGCCGCGGCUGGGCUAACAACUGCCGUUGGGGCGGCCAUUAGUGCCGCGACUGCCGUUAUCGGCGUCGGCAAGCUGGCGAUUGUGCCGAUCCUGAUCGCUUCGCUCGCCUAUUACAACUACGAUCUGUUUGAUCCGGAGAAUCGCCCGUUCAAUGUGCCGGAGGUGGACCGUGAGUACGACUUCAUUGUGGUGGGCGCGGGUUCGGCUGGUGCUGUUGUUGCCUCGCGCCUUUCGGAGAUAGGCGGCUGGAAGGUGCUGCUGCUUGAGGCGGGUGGCCACGAGACCGAGAUCUCGGACGUUCCCAUCCUGUCACUUUAUCUGCACAAAAGCAAGCUGGAUUGGAAGUACAGAACCCAGCCACAGAAGACGGCAUGUCAAGCGAUGAAGGAUAACCGAUGCUGCUGGACACGAGGCAAGGUCCUCGGGGGCUCUUCGGUGCUUAACACGAUGCUGUACAUACGCGGUAACAAGCGUGAUUUCGACCUGUGGCAGGCGCUAGGAAAUCCCGGUUGGGGCUACGAGGACGUCCUGCCGUACUUCCGCAAGUCGGAAGACCAACGGAAUCCCUACCUGGCACGCAACAAACGACAGCAUGGUACUGGUGGGCUGUUGCAAGUACAAGAUGCUCCAUAUUUGACUCCACUCGGUGUAUCCUUCCUGCAAGCUGGCGAGGAGAUGGGCUACGACAUAGUGGAUGUAAAUGGUGAACAGCAGACUGGUUUCGCGUUUUUCCAGUUCACAAUGCGCCGUGGUACGCGUUGCAGCACUUCCAAGGCUUUCUUGCGCCCGGUACGCAACCGUAAAAAUCUACACGUCGCCCUGUUUGCCCACGUCACGCGCGUUAUACUAGAUCCGGAAACACGACGCGCACUAGGCGUAGAAUUUAUUCGAAACGGAAAAACGCACAAGGUGUUUGCCACACGUGAGGUGAUUCUUUCGGCAGGAGCGAUCGGUACACCCCAUCUGAUGAUGUUGUCGGGAAUUGGGCCGAGGGAGAACCUAGAGCGCGUAGGUAUCCCUGUCUUUCACGAUCUACCUGGUGUGGGACAGAAUCUGCAGGAUCAUAUCGCUGUUGGUGGUUUGGUAUUCCGUAUCGAUCAACCGAUUUCGGUAAUUAUGAACCGUUUGGUGAAUCUCAAUUCGGCACUUCGCUACGCUGUCACCGAAGAUGGGCCACUGACCAGCAGUAUCGGGCUUGAGGCAGUCGGUUUUAUCAGUACUAAGUAUGCGAACCAGACGGACGACUGGCCGGAUAUAGAGUUUAUGUUGACGAGUGCAUCGACACCUUCGGACGGAGGCGAUCAGGUGAAAAAAGCGCACGGAUUGAAGGAUGAAUUUUACGAGGAUAUGUUCAGCUCGAUCAACAAUCAGGAUGUAUUUGGCGUGUUUCCGAUGAUGUUGCGUCCCAAAAGCCGGGGCUUCAUUCGGUUGCAGUCUCGCAAUCCGUUGCGUUAUCCUUUGCUUUACCACAACUAUCUCACCCAUCCGGAUGAUGUGGGCGUGUUGCGCGAGGGCGUAAAGGCUGCGAUAGCAUUCGGCGAAACACAGGCCAUGAAACGGUUUGGCGCUCGCUUCCACAGUAAACAGGUGCCGAACUGUCGCCACCUACCGGAGUUUACCGAUGAGUAUUGGGACUGCGCCAUUCGACAGUACACGAUGACUAUAUAUCACAUGUCCGGCACGGCAAAGAUGGGUCCCCCAGAUGAUCCUUGGGCAGUUGUCGAUCCGAAGCUACGCGUCUACGGUAUUAAGGGGCUGCGAGUUAUAGAUGCUAGCAUAAUGCCGCGCAUCACAAGCGGUAACAUCAACGCACCGGUCAUCAUGAUUGGAGAGAAGGGUGCCGAUAUGAUCAAAGAGCUGUGGUUAAAGAAGGGUCACUCACGGCGAGGGAAGCGUCAACAGUUUGCGAACGAAACGCUUAGUGCCGCCAACCAAACGGAAGCAAUAGAAGCGGUGGGCGAUAGUAGUGCGGCACCUUGUGCAAACGAAACCUUUGUUAGCUAAGUUAGGGACGGUUGCGCUACCACCGCAUCUGGGCGAUAGGCCUGUAUUCCAAUGCCAAAUUUUACACUCAAUCAAAAGUGCGAACACGUCUUGAGGAUGCAAAGACUAGGACGAACGAUGGCGCUACUAUACGCUGUACAUACCAUUGCUUCCUGUUACCGUAAGAUUAUGCUAAGCGAGGUGAUUGUAGUUAGGCAAGGCAGUUUGAUGAUAUACUAAGUCGCACAGUUCGGAUCAGCAAAAGCUGUGCAAAUAACACACCAAUUAAAAACUGACUGACUGAAUGUAUGUAAGUAGGAAUAUAAAUUUGAAACAAAUUUUAGUCUGUUUAUGAUUUUA